AUGGCAGGUAAUUACAAAAGUUUUCGUUACUUGCAUGCCAAUACACUUGACAGAUGGACUGUUUGACACAAUAAUUGCAAAUAAUUAGAGGUGUGUGUGUGUGUUCCAGAACUGCUUGAUGUAGCUUUUCUGGUUCAUUUUGUAAAUUGGCCAAUCGGCUGCCUUUUGAAGCAUGAUUCCUAGAAAGCAAAACUAGUCAGAUACUGUGAACCAACUCCAAUACCAAAGAGUGAGUGGAACCUGUUUUAAUUCUAUACCUUCUGCUUAAUAUUUUUACAGAUCCAGCCAUGCACCGAGAUUGCCCUCUCGACUGCAAGGUCUAUGUGGGAAACCUGGGGAAUAAUGGCAACAAGACAGAGCUGGAGAGGUCCUUUGGCUAUUAUGGACCACUUCGCAGUGUCUGGGUAGCAAGGAACCCCCCAGGCUUUGCUUUUGUGGAAUUUGAAGAUCCAAGGGACGCAACAGACGCAGUGAGGGAGCUUGAUGGAAGGUAAAGCCUAAGAAGUUUGUCUGGUAUAAAAAAUAAUAACUGAAUGAUAGAAUCAGGAAAUUGAGGACUGUUGAAAUGAGAGAUAAUCACUAAAGUUUUCGUUCCUUGCAUGCCAAUACACUUGACAGAUUGACUGUUUGACACAAGAAAUUAGAGGUGUUCCAGAACUGUUUGAAGUAGCUUUUCUGGUUUUUCUAUAUGAAUGCCAAGUUAUCUCCAUAUGCUUUUCACUUUAUAAAAUAACUUUGACAGAGCCUAGUUUGCUUGGAGAUCCUUGUUUCCAAGCAAGGCACUUAAUCUGAUAUUUGGAAGGACUACCUAUUAAUUUAAGUUGCCACGUGCCUCCAUUUAACUACCCGAUAGUUGGCGAAACAAGUCCAUGCAUGCCAUAAUGUUUUGGUGACUGUUUAACCAUAUGCCCUGCGGUAACAUCCUUAUUGAUCUGCACAGGACACUAAGUGGUUCUCGUGUGCGAGUGGAGCUGUCCAAUGGUGAGAAACGCACCCGCAACCGAGGUCCUCCUCCCUCAUGGAGCAGACGUCCUCGAGAUGAGCAUCGCGGGCGUCGUGGUAGCCCGCCCGCCAGGCGCAGGUAACCCAUCUACCGUACAGGGCUUUAUGAUAGCAAUACCCAACAGACUACUAAUCCCUUUCUGCCCCUUUUCCUAGUUAAACUAACGUUUUAUUCCUGUGUCUUCUUUCCAAACUGCGUCUCCUGUUUCUCUGCAACAUGUUGAUAGUUUAGCUCUGACUGUUUGAGAACCCUUGUUUCCAUGGUAAUCUACAGUGGUUACUGAUGUGGUGCUGAAAACGUGCUGUUUUCAUCAUUAUCGUUGUUGUUCAAUUUAACGAGUUCCAGGGUAUUUUAGAUCCAGGGGGUGGGUACAGUGUGAAAUGAAGUGUGCUGCUUUGUAUGCCAAGUUAGGUACAUUGGCAUUUACUGCUGCCACAUUUUCAAAAAAUUUGGAUUGCAAGCUUUACACUUUCCUGACGCACUGAAUGUGUUUUGGAAGUGUACUAUACCGUGUGCACUUGCAAGAUUAUUUUAAUAUUUGGCAAAGUGUAAAAAUCGCAGCUAGCUUUUUAAGUAGGUGAUUCGUAUUGCAAAGCAUUACCUAUCUAUGAACCGGGUGGGAGGGAAGCUUAAUGAUGCUAGAUUGGUUGUUUUUGUUACAAAUUGAGGUUGCUUUUUUAUUUACCAUUUAUAUUAAUAAAAAUGAACCCCCGUUACAGAGUCAUCACCAUGCCUCUUCUCACCACCCUCUGAGUCAGUCAACUAGUCCUCUUUCAGCAUCAUGUGACCUCUGACCAGCGUGCCCCAAUCAGCUUGGCUGGUGUCGUGUCACAUGACCCAGGCAUGGCCAGUCGUCAGGUUGCACCAGCCCAUUGGUUCCUGCGCAUGCAGUUCUCAGCCUCCUCCUCCAACCUUAACCCAAUCGGCAGCGGCCCACCUCCCAUUCCCGACCAAUCAGCGUUUUACGUCCCCAAAUGUCUACACUACAACCUACCAGCAGCAGCCUUCGGCUAACCAAUAAAAGCAGGAAAAAUCCACAGCCAGCCCCCAUCCGCCAGCCAACUAAUCACCUCGCAGCAUCUGGCCAGUCCUUUUCAGCCAAAUCUGCCUACCCGGCCGACAGUCUGCCACCCCUUCGUCAUUUCUAGCUUGUUGAAAACCAAAAGACUAGUAAGUUUUUCCUGCUUCAUACAGUACACUGCUGAUUACAAAUUUAAAAAUGAAGAGAAAGCUGCCUUAAAAAAAGGUUAUCCUUUUUUAUUUGAAUCAAACGUGGUUUGUAUUUCACACUAAUUACUGUAAUCCGUUGAUUUAAAGGGGAGUGGCUCUACAUCCAGUGAGUCUAGGACCCUGACAUUUUGAGAAAUGUGAAUUAUUAAUUUGUGACUUUCUAAAUGUUCAAAGGAGCUAUUCUGAUCAGUGCUUCCCCUUCCAAAGGGUAGGUCCCUCCCUGGUUUAGGUCACAGUGGUCCCAUCUUUUGUGUGCUUUGCGGUUGUGCUCAAUAUGUAACCUUGAUUUUACUGCAGCAUUGAGUCCCCGUACCCAAUGUUUUACCAUUAGUUAUGUUACAACCCUCCAUUUCCUUACCUCUUCCCAUUUGGUAUAAUUGCACUUCUUUCCCAAGCACUUUUUGCCAUUCACUCAGCUGGCAGUAUUAACUAACCCAUUACCUUUUUAUGGGAGGUGAUGACUGAAUUUUGGAUUACAAAUGCCUUAUCAGCAGUCACCCAUUCUCAUCCCUUAGGAGGGGUGUAGACAAUAACUUUGUGCUCACUGAGGGGCAGUUUUCAGUGGGGACUGUAGGGUUUACUUCAGGGGAGUACAGGUAAUUGGGGGUCGGAUGGGUUUGGUAUCAAUGGGUCACCAAUGUAUUGCGCUCUGCUUUUGACACCCUCUCACCACCACCCCCACCCCCCGCAGAUCCCCACGUAGGAGGAGCUUCAGCCGCAGCCGAAGCAGGUAUGUUGACAACCAUAAGCGUAAUAGUAAAAGUUAACAGCCAUACUGUGGGCAAGUAAGAUCAAAACAGAUGAUUGGUCAUAGAAGCGUGGACUAAAGGACCAUAUUUUGAAUCAUACUUACAGUACCAGUCAAAAGUUUGGACACCUACUCAUUCAUUGGUUUUUCUUUAUUUUUACUAUUUUCUACAUUGUAGAAUAAUAGUGAAGACAGCAAAACUAUGAAAUAACACAUAUGGAAUCAUGUAGUAACCAAAAAAGUGUUAAACAAAUCAAAAUAUAUUUUAUAUUUAAGAUUCUUCAAAUAGUCACCCUUUGCCUUGAUGACAGCAUUGCACACUCUGGGCGUUCUCUCAACCAGCUUCACCUGGAAUGCUUUUCUACAGUCUUGAAGGAGUUCCCACAUAUGCUGCGCACUUGUUGGCUGCUUUUCCUUCACUCUGCGGUCCAAACCAUCUCAAUUGGGUUGAGGUUGGGUGAUUUGUGGAGGCCAGGUCAUCUGAUGCAGCACUCCAUCACUGUCCUUCUUGGUAAAAUAGCCUUUACACAGCCUGGAGGUGUGUUGGACCAUCUGGUUUGCGCUUCGUGCGGUCCCACUAAGCGCAAACCAGAUGGGAUGGCCUGUCGCUGCAGAAUGGUGUGGUAGCCAUGCUGGUUGUGUGGGAACCACACAUGCAGACAUCAUCCGUUCACCUACUCUGUGCCUCACAAAGACACGGUGAUUGGAACCAAAAAUCUCAUGUGGAUUUAUCAGACAGGACAGAUUUCCACCAGUUUAAUGUCCAUUGUUUGUGUUUCUUGGCCCAAGGAAGUCUCUUCUUCUUAUUGGUGUCCUUUUUUAGUGGUUUCUUUGCAGCAAUUUGACAAUGAAGGCCUGAUUCACGCAGUGUCCUCUGAACAGUUGAUGUUGAGAUGUCUGUUACUUUUAUUUGUACUGCAAUCUGAGGUGCAGUUUACUCUAAUGAAAUUGUCCUCUGCAGCAGAGGUAACUGGGUCUUCCAUUCGUGUGCUGGUCCUCAUGAGAGCCAGUUUGCGCUUGAUGGUAUACAGACGAUAGCCCUAUUUGGUAAAAGACCUUCAUGUCUUAAAGUAAUGCUGGACUGUCUUUCUCUUUGCUUAUUUGAGCUGUUCUUGCCAUAAUAUGGACUUGGUCUUUUACCAAAUAGGGCUAUCGUCUGUAUACCAGCCCUACCUUGUCACAACACAACUGAUUGGCUCAAACGCAUUAAAAAUAAAUUCCACAAAUUAACUUUUAAGAAGGCACACCUGUUAAAUGAAAUGCAUUCCAAGUGACUACCUCAUGAAGCUGUUUGAGAGAAUGCAAAGCUGUCAUCAAGGCAAAGGGUGGCUACUUUGAAGAAUCUCAAAUAUGAAAUAUAUUAACACUUUUGGUUACUACAUGAUUCCAUAUGUGUUAUAUCAUAGUUUUGAUGUCUUCUCUAUUAUUGACUGGGACUAAUAUAUAUGUGUAUGUAUGUACAGUGGGGAGAACAAGUAUUUGAUACACUGCUGAUUUUGCAGGUUUUCCUACUUACAAAGCAUGUAGAUGUCUGUAAUUUUUAUCAUCGGUACACUUCAACUGUGAGAGAUGGAAUUUAAAACAAAAAUCCAGAAAAUCACAUUGUAUGACUUAAGUAAUUAAUUUGCAUUUUAUUGCAUGACAUAAGUAUUUGAUACAUCAGAAAAGCAGAACUUAAUAUUUGGUACAGAAACCUUUGUUUGCAAUUAGAGAUCAUACGUUUCCUGUAGGUCUUGACCAUGUUUGCACACACUGCAGCAGGGAUUUUGGCCCACUCCUCCAUACAGACCUUCUCCAGAUCCUUCAGGUUUCGGGGCUGUCGCUGGGCAAUACGGGCUUUCAGCUCCCUCCAAAGAUUUUGUAUUGGGUUCAGGUCUGGAGACUGGAUAGGCCACUCCAGGACCUUGAGAUGCUUUUUACGGAGCCACUCCUUAGUUGCCCUGGCUGUGUGUUUCGGGUUGUUGUCAUGCUGGAAGACCCAGCCACGACCCAUCUGCAAUGCUCUUACUGAGGGAAGGAGGUUGUUGGCCAAGAUCUCGCGAUACAUGGCCCCAUCCAUCCUCCCCUCAAUACGGUGCAGUCGUCCUGUCCCCUUUGCAGAAAAGCAUCCCCAAAGAAUGUUUCCACCUCCAUGCUUCACGGUUGGGAUGGUGUUCUUGGGGUUGUACUCAUCCUUCUUCUUCCUCCAAACAUGACGAGUGGAGUUUAGACCAAAAAGCUAUAUUUUUGUCUCAUCAGACCACAUUACCUUCUCCCAUUCCUCCUCUGGAUCAUCCAGAUGGUCAUUGGCAAACUUCAGACGGGCCUGGACAUGCGCUGGCUUGAGCAGGGGGACCUUGCGUGCGCUGCAGGAUUUUAAUCUUUGAGACUGUGGUCCCAGUUCUCUUCAGGUCAUUGACCAGGUCCUGCCGUGUAGUUCUGGGCUGAUCCCUCACCUUCCUCAUGAUCAUUGAUGCCCCACAAGGUGAGAUAUUGCAUGGAGCCCCAGACCGAGGGUGAUUGACCGUCAUCUUGAACUUCUUCCAUUUUCUAAUAAUUGCGCCAACAGUUGUUGCCUUCUCACCAAGCUGCUUGCCUAUUGUCCUGUAGCCCAUCCCAGCCUUGUGCAGGUCUACAAUUUUAUCCCUGAUGUCCUUACACAGCUCUCUGGUCGUCUUGGCCAUUGUGGAGAGGUUGGAGUCUGUUUGAUUGUGUGGACAGGUGUCUUUUAUACAGGUAACGAGUUCAAACAGGUGCAGUUAAUACAGGUAAUGAGUGGAGAACAGGAGGGCUUCUUAAAGAAAAACUAACAGGUCUGUGAGAGCCGGAAUUCUUAUUGGUUGGUAAGUGAUCAAAUACGUAUGUCAUGCAAUAAAAUGCAAAUGAAUUACUUAAAAAUCAUAUGUGAUUUUCUGGAUUUUUGUUUUAGAUUCCGUCUCUCACAGUUGAAGUGUACCUAUGAUAAAAAUUACAGACCUCUACAUGCUUUGUAAGUAGGAAACACUGCCGAUUUUGCAGGUUAUCAAAUACUUGUUCUCCCCACUGUAUACAUGUAUGACAAGUAUUUGUUCUCUUAACACACCCUCUGUCAGUUAGCACAGCUUUCCAAACUUCUCAAUGAUGACAUCCUCUUGUCAACAGAGGCCUUAGUAAGAUGCAGGUUGCUUUGGUUAAUUAUGUGGUUCCUUCUGUAUUCAGGUCUCUCUCCAGAGACAGGAAGAGGGAGAGAUCUCUGUCCCGGGACAGGAACCAUAAACCCUCAAGAUCAUUCUCUCGAUCAAGGAGGUAAGCAGGAGGGGUUUUAACAGAAAGAGCAAAGAUCUUAUAUCUUGUCUUAACAAUGAAACCGCUUUACUUGUUUGUAUGUAAUGGUAACAGACCAUGGCUGUAACAUUGUUCCGAGAGUGCAUGAAUGCUCCAGAUAAAGUUUGUAUUAACAUUCUGGCUUAACUGUUUUCCCCCUUCUCACAGCCGCUCCAGAUCUACUGAGAGAAAGUAAGAAGAUUCACUGCAAUCGGGUUUGAAGGCAAAUAAGAUGGAUGAACGAACGGGCGUCCCUCUAGCGAGUCGUUUCAUGUGAUGGACUUUAAAAUCCCCUCUGGUCAUUUUUUGUCUUUUUUUUUUUUUUUUUAACAAUCAAAUAUGUUAACGGUUUAGUGUUUGCUUCUUUGUGACAUGCUAGGUAUCCAUUUCCUCUGUAUUUUGUAAAUAAGUGGGUAUGCAGUUGUAAUGCGUUACUGAAAGGGCUGAACUCGAGAACCAACUUCUUAUUGAAAAUAGCAUAUGACAUUGAUGUUAGUCAAACUUUUAUUCCAGUGCCAAAAUUGACAAAAAUGCAAGUAGGUACAUUUUGGUGAUAGUGGUACAUUUUGGUGAUAGUCAGUAUCGUCCAAAACAGACUUGUGAGAUUUGUGUACAUGAGUUCGGCAUGACUUGAGUGUUGAGUCUCUGUAUGUCUAUAAAAGUACCAGGUCAAGGAAAUGCCCUUUUUUUUUUU